GAGACGGGCAGGGGAGAGGGAAAAAAAAAUCUAACCCUAGCAUCCGCAGCGCUAGGGUUCGGGGGUUGCGAUGGCGGCGGCGGCGAGACAGCGGGGGACGGUGAAGUGGUUCAACGACACCAAGGGCUUCGGGUUCAUCUCCCCCGAGGACGGCAGCGAAGAUCUCUUCGUGCACCAGUCGUCGAUCAAGUCGGAGGGCUUCCGCUCGCUCGCGGAGGGCGAGGAGGUGGAGUUUUCCGUCUCGGAGGGUGACGACGGCCGCACUAAGGCCGUCGACGUGACCGGCCCCGACGGAUCCUUCGUCAGGGGCGGCGGAGGCGGAGGAGGAGGCGGCGGCGGCUACGGCUCCCGCGGCGGUGGCGGAUCUGGCGGCGGCGGUCGCAGCUACGGUGGUAGCUGGGGCGGCGGCCGGAGAUCCGGCGGCGGGGGCGGUCCCGGCGCGUGCUACAAGUGCGGCGAGCCCGGCCACAUGGCAAGGGACUGCCCUAGCGCCGACGGCGGAGGCGGCUACGGCGGAGGCGGCUACGGCGGCGGCGGCUACGGAGGAGGAGGCGGCGGCGGCGGUGGCUGCUUCAAGUGUGGCGAGCCUGGCCACAUGGCCAGGGACUGCUCCAGCGGCGGCGGCGGCUACGGCGGUGGCGGCGGCGGCGGUGGAGGCGGCUGCUACAACUGCGGCCAGGCCGGCCACAUGGCCAGGGACUGCCCCAGCGGUGGCGGCGGUGGCGGAGGGAGGUUCGGCGGCGGCGGCGGGGGUGGCGGCGACCGCUCCUGCUACAACUGCGGCGAGGCCGGCCACAUCGCCCGCGACUGCCCCACGUGAGGUGUGUCCGCGUCCGUCCGUCCAGCCAGAUCAGAUCGGAUCGCUCCACCACCUGCUGGUCUGAUGGCGCCGCCCCCUUCUAGAUCUCGCUUAAAAAACACCCCCCUCUCGCUGUGUGUCGGAGUACCGCUUUAGUUUUGCCGAUCCGGGCACGAGUGCCCGCUGCCUCUUUCCUCUCAUGCGUAAGAGGAUCCCGUCCGCCGUUUUCAGAUUUCGUUCGGUUCGUAGAAGAACUCUCAAGUUAAGUUAAGUUAUCAUGGUGUGUGCUUGGUCGUUGUUCGUCGUCGUCGUUAAGGUUUUAAGAGAUGAUUUGGUCCUGUGUUGCCGAGGGGAAGUCGAAUCUGCUUUUUUCUUUUUUUGUGGUUUGUUCCACCAGACUGAGGAAGGAGAUGAGAUGAUUAUUCUCCCAGAUUAUAAUCCUGCCUGCUUGUGCUUGAUUUGGUUAC